AUGAUGGAUAGCCUAAAACAAGAGGAGUACAAUUCCAGUCUGUUUGUAAACCUUAAAAUGUUUCAUUCGAUACAGUUAAAGAUAUGCAAUGGUGUCAUUAUGUAUAUCACCUGCAAGAAGUUUGGUGAUUAUGUCACUAACAGAGCGACAAGACUUGUUCAACAGAGUACAGUAAACUAUGCUUCAGAUGUUUCGGCGCCGUCACACCAGUCGGUCAGAUGUCGGCAGGGCAGCGUGGUUGUCGACCGCGGCGACGUUUCCAUCACACCAACUGCUACCAUCGUAAAAGAGUCCACGCAGACAGAAAACACAAUAGCAGGGUGA